UGCAAAACGACGUUCAAAAGCGUGCUUGAAGAAAAAAAAAACAAUCACGGCGUUAAUGACCCACACCCACAUACACAUCGCGAGAUAACGACGAUGACGAAGACGGGUCAUACGCGAUCUCAUCGGUCGGCCCGCUGCACCGCGCUGCACAAUUCUGACGGCAGCCGCCAGCGUGAGGGCUCGAAGGGGCGUGCGCGCGGCGCCUUAUAGAUCGGCGGGACAGAGCGCUCCGCGUCGUCCGCUCCGCUCGGCGCGCCCACCGCGGUCUCUCGUCACACAGUGUGCAGUACGCACAGCAUCCGCGACCCGUCGAGCCGUCGUCCACAGCGGCGCGGCAGAAUAACUCUAUGAUAUCGAUUCAGUCGACCGCCGCCGAGGAGAACGCGAUGCCGUCCGUCGACCCCGCCGCGGCCCACGACGGCGACAUUCGCCACAACAAUAACAACAACAACAACAACAACAACAGCAGCGACCAACACAACAAAAAGUUCCGGGGGCGACGCCGCCGCCGGGGUUGCGUGCAACUGACGUCGUCGCUGCCGCUGCUGCUUCUGUCCGCCGUCGGGUGCCUGUGCAACCCGGACGCCAAGCGGCUGUACGACGACCUGCUCAGCAACUACAACCGGCUCAUCCGGCCGGUCAGCAACAACACCGACACCGUUCUGGUCAAGCUGGGCCUCAGGCUGUCGCAGCUCAUCGAGUUGAAUCUCAAGGAUCAGAUUUUAACAACGAACGUAUGGUUAGAACAUGAAUGGGCAGACCAUAAAUUCAUUUGGGAACCACUGGAAUACGGAGGAGUCAAAGAGCUGUACGUGCCGUCCGAGCAUAUCUGGCUGCCAGACAUUGUCCUUUACAACAACGCUGACGGAGAGUACGUGGUCACUACCAUGACAAAGGCUGUGCUUCAUCACUCCGGUAAAGUAAUGUGGACACCACCAGCCAUCUUUAAAUCAUCGUGCGAAAUUGAUGUUCGCUAUUUCCCAUUUGAUCAGCAAACAUGUUUUAUGAAAUUUGGCUCAUGGUCAUACGACGGAAACCAGAUAAACCUCAAGCACAUAGGUCAGUUGGUGGGAACUAACAAAGUGGAUGUGGGCAUCGAUCUGUCAGCGUACUAUCCAAGCGUUGAAUGGGACAUUCUCGGCGUACCGGCGGAGAGACACGAAAAGUACUACUCGUGUUGCGCCGAACCAUAUAUCGACAUAUUCUUCAACAUAACCCUGAGGCGGAGGACUUUGUUUUACACCGUCAACCUGAUUGUGCCCUGCGUGGGCAUUUCUUACCUGUCGGUUCUGGUCUUCUACCUGCCCGCUGACUCCAAGGAGAAAAUUUCACUGUGCAUCACGAUACUCCUGUCCCAGACUAUGUUCUUCUUGCUCAUCUCCGAAAUCAUACCGUCGACGUCGCUGUCGUUGCCACUGCUCGGAAAAUACCUGUUGUUCACCAUGUUGCUGGUUGCCCUGUGUGUGGUCGUUACCAUCAUCAUCAUAAACAUACAUUACAGGCAACCGAGCACGCACAAGAUACCGUCGUGGAUGCGGACGGUGUUCAUCAGAGMACUACCGAAGAUGUUGCUCAUGAGGGUGCCCGAACAGCUCUUGGCAGAUUCAGCGAUGAAACAAAAACAGAUGAAGACGUGCAAAAAAUUAAACCUUAACUUGGCCAGGUUGAACGCGGCCAGCGUGGGCGCCACGCUGAAUGUUCCUCCAGCGCCAGUCGCUUCGCCGCCCGCCGGCCACCGUUCACCCACCGACUCACUGCGCCGGUACGUGGCGGCCGCCGGCCGGACCGGUUGCAAUGGGACGGCGGUGGCGGCUGGGGCGGCCAGCCGGCUAGUGAACGCGGCCGUGUCAUCCAUCGACGACACGCUCAACGAUGUGCCGGCCGCCAUCAGGAAGAAGUAUCCGUUCGAGCUGGAGAAAGCCAUUCACAACGUGAAAUUUAUUCAGCACCACUUGCAACGCCAGGACGAAUACAACACGGAAGAUCAAGACUGGGGUUUUGUGGCUAUGGUGCUUGACAGACUAUUCUUGUGGAUAUUCACAGUCGCUUCCAUUAUGGGUACAAUUCUCAUCCUAUGUGAGGCACCGGCACUCUACGAUGACACGAAACCAAUUGACCGGGACCUGUCGUUCAUCGCUAGAAAACAAUUUUCUCCAACGUCUGAUUUGGAAUAGUCCGUAUGACGUUAGAUUUUAAUUUUCCUUUGCAAGGGGAAAUUAUUGUGGUAUAAACUAAUACAGUUGAAGUGGAGGAGUUCGACAUUAAACGGUGGAUAAUUAUUUUGACGAGUCGUUAAUAUUAAUACAAAAUUAUUGUUGAAAUGUCUCAUAAGUUGCUGGCUAUGGAUUUUUUACCGUAAAAAUAUUUUGCACCAAUUAAAGUUAUCGGAAAAAUUAUAUUAUUAUAAUGAAUGGUGUUUAAAAAUUAAUCA